AUCCUGACAUAAACCACGUACUACCUAUGUAUCUAAGUAAGCUCCCAUCCUCAAAGUCAUCGAAUCUAUUUAUGUGUCCGUACUUGAAGUAGUUCUAUGCCUAUGCCUAUGCCUGCCUGCACUGCGCAUACCUGCCUGCCUACCCAGUUCAUCCUCUCCUAAGUCUUGUUGCUUCGAAGUCUAGUUUUCUUUGCGCGAACCUCUCAUCGCAGUGCGAGCCUUUGUGCUCUGUAACCCGUACUUGAGACCGCGCCGUACAUCAUCUUGCGCGUUGGUUGUCACUAUAAUUACGCUCUGCCGACAAUGAAAUCUCCAUCAAUUGCGCCAACGUCGGCGCUGCUGUCAACGCUUUUUGUCCUUCCACAGCUCACUGCUGCCUUCUAUCUCCCCGGCGUCGCGCCCACCUCCUACAAGCCAGGCGGUGCUGUCCCUCUCUUCGUAAAUAGCAUCAAGCCCGUUGCUGCGCCAGAUGCCCGUCUUCACUCCGUCCUGUCGUACGACUACUAUGACACCAGGUUUGGGUUCUGCCAGCCUGAAGGUGGCCCCCAAUAUGUCUCGGAGAGCCUGGGGAGCAUUCUGUUUGGUGACCGGAUCAUGACCUCACCCUUCAACCUGAAAAUGGCACAGAAUGAGACUUGCAUCAAACUGUGCAAUGCCAAAUAUGAUACCGAAACGGCUCAUUUUGUCAACACGCGGAUCCAGAAGGGUUUUGCUCUAAACUGGCUGGUGGACGGACUACCCGCUGGACAGAACCUCUACGAUGAUCUUACGGGCACCAACUUUUACAGCCCGGGCUUCCAUCUUGGUGAGGUCGCAGCUUCCGAUCCCAACGGACCAACCAUAUUCAACAACCACUACGAUAUUGUCAUCGAGUACCACAAAGUUCGCGGCCAUGAGAGUCAGCUUAGAGUUGUGGGAGCUAUGGUCCAGCCAUAUUCGAGAGCCUAUCCUCCCGGAGAGGGUGCGCUCGAUUGCAAUGGCGAGGGUAUCGGUCCGGUCGUGCUCUCAGAGGAUGUUAACCAGGUCACCGAUGUCACAUUCUCCUACAGUGUCUACUGGAAAGAGUCUCCCACGGCCUGGGCUACCCGGUGGGACAAGUACCUGCACGUUUUUGAUCCCAAUAUUCAUUGGUUUUCCCUGAUCAACUCGGCUGUUGUAGUGGUUUUCCUUACCAUAACAGUUGCUUCGGUUCUGUUCCGGGCUUUGAGGAAGGAUAUUGCCAGAUACAACCGUCUGGAUCAAAUCAACCUCGACGAUCUUUCAGGGGGAGAUAGCUUAGAAGACGGUGUGCAAGAAGACUCCGGCUGGAAACUCGUCCAUGGUGACGUUUUCCGAUCUCCAUCUCAUCCUUUGCUGCUUUCCGUGCUGCUAGGCAACGGUGCUCAAUUGUUUGUCAUGACAGGCUUAACCAUCUGCUUUGCUCUCCUCGGCUUUCUUUCACCGUCCAACCGUGGCUCUCUCGGCACCAUUGCGGUUUUCUUGUACACGCUUCUUAGCUUCGUCGGUGGUUACGUCUCAGCCAGAACAUACAAGUCAAUGAAUGGCGAGAAAUGGAAGUUGAACAUUGCGUCAACUCCUCUGCUUGUCCCGGGCAUCGUCUUCUCAUCUUUCUUCUUCCUCAAUCUCUUCCUCUGGGCUAAUGGCGCUGCCGGUGCCGUUCCUUUCGGUACUAUGCUUGUCAUCAUCGGUAUCUGGUUCAUUAUUUCGGUGCCUCUGUCCGUUGCUGGUUCUUGGUUUGGUUUCCGCGCGAGUGCGAUCGAACCCCCUGUCCGUACCAACCAGAUUCCCCGCCAGGUCCCGCCCUCUACCACUUAUCUUAAGCCUAUCCCCAGCAUGCUACUUGUUGGUAUCCUCCCAUUCGGUGCCAUCUUUGUAGAGCUUUACUUCAUCAUGAGCUCCAUCUGGUUCAGCCGUAUCUACUACAUGUUCGGUUUCCUCUUCCUGUGCUACGGUCUCAUGAUCAUCACCUGUGCAGCCGUUACCAUCCUUAUGGUCUACUUCUUGCUCUGCGCAGAGAACUACCACUGGCAAUGGCGUGCUUUCCUCGCGGCGGGUAUGAGCGCAGGUUAUAUCUUUGUUAACGCCCUGAUCUACCUCAUCAGCAAGCUCUCUCUUGGUGGAUUGUCCGGCACUGUGCUGUACAUCGGUUACAGCGCGCUGCUAUCCUUCCUCUUCUUCAUAUUAUCAGGAUCAAUUGGAUUCUUCGCCAGCUGGUGGUUCGUGAGGAAGAUCUACGGCUCCAUCAAGAUUGACUAGUGGCAAACAUAGUACAAAGCCAGUCGCAGUUUCUAGGCGACUAGAGCCAAUACAAAAUACCUUCACCUUAUUAUAAUUGGGUUACAUGUAUUAUAGAUUGUAUGAUCAUGAAGAUAAAAACAUUCAAUGGCUAUAGACAUACUUAUUUUGGUAGUUUCAAAUGCAUAUGACGC